AAUGGAAAAUUGUGAAGAAAUUAAGACUAAGAAGUAUGAAAUUGGAAGAGAAGCUCAGCUCCAACAAAAUGUACCUUCAUAUUUCCCUAAGAGAAUAAAGAAAUAAAGGAAGAUGGACCAAUGAAGAGCACUCUCAGUUUAUUGACUGCUUGAAGAGGUAUGGUAAAGAUUGGGACAAACUCGACGAAAUGAUACCCACUAGAGAUAGCCUGCAGAUUAGGUCACACAGUCAAAAAUACUUCAAUAGAAUUAAGCAAGACUUCAAUACAGAUGACCCAAUAGAGUAUAUUCGGAAAGGAAUGUGAGAUGAAUCCCCAUUCUACAAGUUUGACAAGUCUAAGUUCAAUAAAGCUCCUUCACACCCUGAAGUUGCCGAGAAAAAACUCUCAGAGAUCCUGGAAGAAUCUGUGUGCAGAAAGCUGGCCAGUAGUCAUGAAGAUGAAGCAUUAAUUCAAGUAUCUCAAAAUGAAGAGGUCCACCAAGAAUUCAGAAAUAUCAAAUAAAAAGAGACACCUGAAACACCAGAGAAAAUACUUUGAGGACUCAAGUUCUUCAGAAUUCUUCAAGGAUAAAGGUAGGAACAGCUAUGAGAAGUCUGAAUAUCGCCAAGUGAGUACGUUAAAAUUAAUGAAGCAUGCCCAGAGAGUUCACAGGAAACUCAGAAAGACUCGGAGUCAUUUCAAUUAUUCAAUUCCAGAUCCUGACAAAGUCUACCUUAUCAAGAAAGCUUUUGAGUUGAGUAACUGUGAAUCUAAGCCUUAUACUUCAAAAGAGCUGUCUCAGUGCACAACGAAAGCACAGAAGGUAAAAAGAAGAAAAGGUAUUCAUGAGAGCGAACCCGGAAUUGAUGCUGAAUACAGAAUAAAUACUGAGAGAAUCAACAUUCUUCCUAAAAUUCCUAGACAUACUGUCAGGAUGGCUGCAGAUUCUAUGAAUCAAGCAAGUUCAAACACUCAUGUUAAGGGAGCAGAUCUAAGAGAUACCAGAAGCUUAAUUUUUUCGCAUUUUCAGCCUUUGCCUGCUGCCCAAACUUAUUGCUAUGAUCAGGAGAGAUUUAUGUCAGGGGAUUUUCAGACUCUGGGCCAAACAAAGUACCAUAAUGAAAUGAGGCCAGUAAUCAACCCCAAACAUUCUUGGUCAAGUACACACUCUGAACAGCAAAGUAUACAAUCAAUAGAUACUUCCCUAUCCCAGCUCUUGGUGAAAAGCUUUAUCGAAAAUUACUGUAUCUGCCAGAGAUAGAGCACAAGAAGCUCUCUUUGAAUGGAUGGCAAUCGCGACAAUAAAGUGUAAAAAUGAGAAAUGUAUUGAGAGGAUAAUAAAAUUAUUUCACCU